CCAGUCCCCACGGGGCAGCUCCGUUGUGCCUUUCUGCUAACGAGCAGGCUUGGGCUCUUCAGAGGCGAGACGGGAGCUUAAAAGAGCCAUUUUAAUGCUAUAGCGUGCCUUGGCUGCAGGGUUGUGGCAGCUGGGGUGAAGAGGAGGAUGUUAUCUGUCUCUGGCGUCCCUGUGCCGCCUGUCUGAAGGUUUAUUGUAUUUCCUGUGUGAACAGGUUGCCGUGCUCCGGGGGUUGUGCCAGCCAGGUGGUCAACAGCCACUGCUUAUAGACUUGGCAACCUCUUCUGCACCUUAUUUCCCUCCUACACACGUGGGGAGUGAAGGUAUUCUGCUCUCGUAGUGCUGGGUAGGAUAUACUUCCAGUGUAGGUAGAACAUUGUUGUGCCUUUCCAGUGAUACUUUUGUGGCAGUUGUUCUGCUUUGUUUGACUUUCAUCUGGCUAUUUGCUGUUUAGGUACAAGCAGCUCCCCAGCAAGUGGCCGAAGACAAAUUUGUGUUUGACUUACCAGACUAUGAAAACAUCAACCAUGUAGUGGUCUUCAUGCUGGGAACUGUACCGUUUCCUGAAGGAAUGGGAGGAUCUGUCUACUUUUGUUACCCGGACCAGAGUGGGAUGGCAGUGUGGCAGCUGCUGGGGUUUGUUACUAACGAGAAGCCAAGUGCAAUCUUUAAAAUUUCUGGUUUGAAAUCUGGGAAGGGAAGCCAGCACCCCUUUGGUGCCAUGAACCUCCCACAGACACCAACGGUGGCCCAGAUCGGCAUCUCGGUGGAGCUGCUGGAGAACCUGGCACAGCAGACUCCUGUGGCAAAUGCUGCUGUGUCAUCAGUAGAUUCAUUCACAGAGUUCACCCAGAAAAUGUUGGAUAACUUCUAUAAUUUUGCAUCCUCAUUUGCUGUUACUCAGGCACAGAUGACACCAAAUCCCUCUGAGGCUUUCAUUCCUGCAAAUGUAGUUCUGAAAUGGUAUGAGAACUUCCAGAGACGCCUGACACAGAACCCUCUCUUCUGGAAAACAUAAGCUUGAAUCAUGUCAUUUGAAGUGCUCUCUGAUCUGAAAUAUACAGCAAAUAACUUCACUGAAGAACUUUGAGGCAGAAAAAAAAAAAAACGAUUAGUCUGAAUAGACCAACUUGUAACUUUUAUAUUACUCAAAUUAUUUAAAAUUAAAAUCUGUGAAAACUGCU